GAGAGAAGUCCUGGGGAAAUGAAGAGGUUUCCUGUUAAUCCUGCAGUUGUUUUUCCAGAACGGGUAGUUGCUGUGUCCUUCAGCUCCUUGACAGAGUAUCAGCCCUUGCUGGAGAGCCUGGAAGAAUUUAAGUGAAGAGAAGCAAAGUUGCGCAGUUUGCUCUGAGCUUCCCACAGGGCUGGUCGUACACAGUGAGCGUGUCAGCUGGCCAGGGGAGGACCAUGGCUGGUGCAUGGAAAUUUUCCCGCUAGGAGAAGAUCUUUCCCAAGAGCCAUAUUGUGAAUCGGGUCAGAGGGUGUCCUGUGAGCUGCAGGCAUGGUCGUGCCGCAGGGCUAGAGCAAACCGCCGUAUUUGGGCACUCGUGGUGCAAUACACCAUGUAGAGAGCAGAGAGAGGGGCAAAUACCAGCGCGGAGUUUUGGAGAUGUUGAAGAAGAAGAAAGUCGUUUUCGUGCAGCCAUGCCCUGAGGUGGUGGAAGAUCAGGAGAGAGACCAGGGCAGAUGGACACUGCUUCGCAAUGUCAACCAGGUCCUGAAGCCCACGACCAUGCUAGCGGGGGAUUAUGUGUGGAUGGACCUCAAAACCGGACGGGAAUUCGAUGUCCCCAUUGGAGCGGUGGUUAAACUGUGUGACUCCGGGCAGAUCCAGGUCGUGGAUGAUGAAGGCAAUGAGCACUGGAUUUCCCCACAGAAUGCCAGCCACAUCAAGCCCAUGCACCCCACCUCCAUCCAUGGAGUGGAGGACAUGAUCCGCCUGGGGGACCUGAACGAGGCAGGAAUUCUCAGGAACCUGCUGAUUCGCUAUCGGGAGCACCUCAUCUAUACGUACACUGGUUCAAUACUGGUGGCAGUAAACCCCUACCAGCUCCUUCCCAUCUACUCACCUGAGCAGAUACGCCUCUACACCAACAAAAAGAUUGGUGAGAUGCCACCGCACAUCUUUGCAAUUGCUGACAACUGCUACUUCAACAUGCAGCGCAACAACAAGGACCAGUGCUGUAUCAUAAGUGGGGAAUCCGGAGCAGGGAAGACAGAAAGCACAAAACUGAUUCUGCAGUUCCUGGCAGCAAUCAGCGGUCAGCACUCCUGGAUUGAGCAGCAGGUCCUGGAGGCAAAUCCCAUCUUGGAAGCUUUCGGGAACGCGAAGACCAUCCGUAACGACAACUCCAGCCGAUUUGGGAAGUACAUCGAUAUCCACUUCAACAAAAGGGGAGCCAUAGAGGGGGCAAAGAUCGAGCAGUACCUGCUGGAGAAGUCCCGGGUGUGCAGGCAGGCCCCAGAUGAGAGGAAUUACCACGUGUUCUACUGCAUGCUGAGAGGAAUGACCGUGGAGCAGAAGAAGAAGCUGGGUCUUGGCAAAGCCACGGACUACAACUACCUUGCCAUGGGUAACUGCACGACCUGUGAUGGCAGAGAUGACAGCAAGGAGUACGCCAACAUCCGCUCCGCUAUGAAGGUGCUCAUGUUCACCGACACGGAGAACUGGGAGAUCUCCAAGCUGCUGGCUGCCAUCCUGCACAUGGGCAACCUGCAGUACGAAGCUCGGACCUAUGACAACCUGGAUGCCUGCGAGGUUGUUCAGUCAGCAUCGCUCAUCACUGCAGCAACAUUGCUGGAGGUUGAGCCCCAGGAUGUGAUGAACUGCCUUACCAGCCGGACUAUAAUCACCAGAGGUGAAACUGUCUCCACCCCUCUCAGCAUGGAACAAGCGCUGGAUGUGAGGGACGCUUUUGUAAAGGGAAUUUAUGGGCGACUUUUUGUAUGGAUUGUGGAGAAGAUCAACGCUGCAAUUUACAGACCUCCUUCCCAGGAACUCAAAAGUAUCAGGAGAUCCAUUGGCCUUCUUGACAUCUUUGGCUUUGAGAACUUCGCUGUGAACAGUUUUGAGCAGCUUUGCAUUAACUUUGCGAAUGAAAACCUGCAGCAGUUCUUUGUGCGCCACGUCUUCAAACUAGAGCAGGAGGAGUACAACCUGGAGAACAUCAACUGGCAGCACAUCGAGUUCACUGAUAACCAGGAUGCCUUGGACAUGAUUGCCAUCAAGCCUAUGAACAUCAUCUCCCUCAUUGACGAGGAGAGCAAGUUCCCCAAGGGUACAGAUGCCACCAUGUUGCACAAGCUGAACUCCCAGCACAAGCUUAACACCAACUAUAUUCCUCCGAAGAAUAACUACGAAACCCAGUUUGGCAUUAACCAUUUUGCUGGAAUUGUUUACUACGAAACAAAAGGUUUCUUGGAGAAAAACAGGGACACGCUGCAUGGAGACAUCAUUCAGCUGGUGCAUUCCUCAAAAAACAAAUUCAUCAAGCAGAUCUUCCAAGCAGAUGUGGCAAUGGGAGCAGAGACGAGGAAGCGCUCGCCGACGCUCAGCAGCCAGUUCAAGCGCUCCCUGGAGCUGCUGAUGAGGACUCUCAGCGUGUGCCAGCCCUUCUUUGUCCGCUGCAUCAAGCCCAAUGAGUACAAGAAGCCCAUGCUGUUUGAUCGGGAGCUGUGCGUCCGGCAGCUGCGGUACUCGGGGAUGAUGGAGACCAUCCGCAUCCGCCGGGCCGGGUACCCCAUCCGCUACACCUUUGUGGAGUUCGUGGACCGCUACCGGGUGCUCAUGCCUGGGGUGAAGCCAGCCUACAAGCAGGGUGACCUGCGUGGGACAUGCCAGCGCAUUGCUGAAGCAGUGCUGGGGAAAGAUGAUGACUGGCAGAUUGGCAAGACAAAGAUAUUUCUGAAGGACCACCAUGACAUGCUGCUGGAGAUUGAGAGAGACAAGGCCAUCACGGACAAAGUCAUCCUCAUCCAGAAGGUGGUCCGUGGCUAUAAGGACAGGUCCAAUUUCCUGAAAGUGAGAAAUUCAGUCCUGAUGAUUCAGAGAUACUGGCGUGGACAUAACUGCAGGAAGAACUAUGGUGCUAUGCGGAUCGGCUUCCUGCGGCUGCAGGCCCUCUACCGCUCCCGCAAGCUGCACCAGCAGUACCACAUGGCUCGCCGGCGCAUCAUCGACUUCCAGGCGCGCUGCCGCGGCUACCUGGUGCGCCGGGCCUUCCGCCACCGCCUGUGGGCCGUGCUCACCGUGCAGGCCUACGCGCGCGGCAUGAUCGCGCGGCGCCUCUACAAGCGCCUCCGCGGGGAGUAUUAUCGGCGCCUGGAAGCAGAGAAGCUUCGGCUGGCAGAAGAGGAGCGGCUUCGAAAGGAGAUGAGUGCCAAGAAAGCCAAAGAGGAAGCAGAAAAGAAGCACCAAGUGCGCCUGGCCCAGCUGGCACGGGAAGAUGCAGAGAGAGAAGUAAAGGAGAAGGAGGAAGCACGUCGGAAGAAAGAGCUCUUAGAAAAAAUGGAGAGAGCUCGCAAUGAGCCAGUGAAUGACUCAGAAAUGGUGGACAAAAUGUUUGGAUUCCUGGGGACAACCUCCUCCCUUCCUGGCCAGGAGGGACAGGCACCCAAUGGCUUUGAGGAUCUUGAGCAAGUCCAGAAGGAACUGGAAGAAGAGGACCUGGAUGCAGCAUUGCCUCUCCCUGAGGAGGAGGAAGAAGAUCUCUCAGAGUACAAAUUUGCCAAGUUUGCUGCCACGUAUUUCCAGGGCACAACAACACACACAUACAUCCGCCGGCCCCUCAAACAGCCUCUCUUGUACCAUGAAGAUGAAGGAGACCAGUUGGCGGCACUUGCUGUAUGGAUCACUAUCCUGCGUUUCAUGGGAGACCUCCCUGAGCCAAAGUAUCACACAGCCAUGAGUGAUGGUGGUGAGAAGAUACCAGUAAUGACAAAAAUCUAUGAGACUCUUGGGAAGAAGACCUAUAAGAAAGAACUGCAGGCUCUGCAGGGAGAAGGAGAGAGUACUCACAUUGAUGGGCACAAGAAGAACAGUGUGCGGCACAAGCUGGUCUCCUUAACGCUCAAGAAGAAAUCCAAACUGACGGAGGAGGUGACAAAGAGACUUCAUGAUGGUGAGUCUACACUCCAGGGUAACAGCAUGCUCGAAGACCGACCCACUUCCAACCUGGAGAAGCUCCAUUUCAUUAUUGGUAAUGGCAUCCUCAGGCCAGCCUUAAGGGAUGAAAUCUACUGUCAAAUCUGCAAGCAGCUGACUCAGAACCCAUCCAAAAGCAGCCAUGCUAGGGGUUGGAUCCUGAUGUCCCUUUGUGUGGGAUGUUUUGCUCCUUCUGAGAAGUUUGUGAAGUAUUUAAGGAACUUUAUCAACGGAGGCCCCCCAGGUUAUGCUCCCUACUGUGAAGAGAGGCUGAGGCGGACGUUUGCCAAUGGGACAAGGACACAGCCACCCAGCUGGCUGGAGCUGCAGGCGACCAAGUCCAAGAAACCAAUCAUGCUGCCUGUCACAUUUAUGGAUGGGACAACAAAGACACUGUUGACAGACUCUGCAACAACUGCUAAAGAGCUCUGUAAUUCUUUGGCCGACAAGAUCAGCCUGAAGGACAGAUUUGGCUUUUCACUCUACAUUGCACUUUUUGACAAGGUGUCCUCUCUGGGGAGCGGCAAUGACCACGUGAUGGAUGCUGUGUCGCAGUGCGAGCAGUACGCCAAGGAGCAGGGAGCGCAGGAGCGCAACGCGCCGUGGCGCCUCUUCUUCAGGAAGGAGAUCUUCACUCCCUGGCACAACCCCAGCGAGGACAACGUGGCCACCAACCUCAUCUACCAGCAGAUCGUGCGCGGGGUGAAGUUUGGGGAGUACCGCUGUGACAAGGAGGAAGAUCUGGCAGAGCUGGCUUCCCAGCAGUACUAUGUGGACUAUGGGUCAGAGAUGGUGCUGGAAAGGCUGCUAAAUCUAAUUCCAUCCUAUAUUCCGGACAGAGAGAUCACAGCUUCAAAAACAGUGGAAAAAUGGGCUCAGCUCAUUAUAGCUGCACAUAAAAAGGGAAUUUAUACUCAGAAGAGGGCAGACCCAAAAAAAGUCAAGGAGGAAGUAGUGGAUUUUGCACGUUUCAAGUGGCCUUUGCUGUUUUCUCGGUUUUAUGAAGCCUUCAAAUUCUCGGGGCCAAGCCUGCCUAAAAAUGAUGUGAUUGUAGCCGUCAACUGGACAGGGGUGUACUUUGUGGAUGAACAGGAGCAGGUUCUCCUAGAGCUCUCUUUCCCAGAGAUCACAGCUGUGUCAAGCAGCAGAGGAGGAAAGCUGCAGGGGCAGAGUUUCACCCUGGCCACCAUUAAAGGUGAUGAAUACACUUUCACCUCCAACAAUGCAGAGGAUAUCCGGGACCUGGUGGUGACCUUCCUUGAAGGACUAAGGAAACGAUCCAAGUAUGUGGUCACUCUCCAAGACAACCCAAAUCCAGUGGGAGAAGAAUCUGGGUUCCUCAGCUUCCUUAAAGGAGACCUGAUAGUUCUGGACCAGGACACAGGAGAACAAGUGAUGAACUCGGGGUGGGCGAACGGCUUCAAUGAACGGACCAAGCAGAGGGGGGAUUUCCCGACUGAUUCCGUCUAUGUCUUGCCUACCGUCACCAUGCCUCCGCUGGAGAUCGUGGCCCUAGUCACAAUGACCCCUGACCAACGACAAGAUGUCAUCAGAACCUCUCAGAUGGCAGUUUCAGACAGUGAAGAAAGAGUAAAGCCAUACACCUUGGAGGAAUUUUCCUACGAUUAUUUUAGACCACCUCCAAAGCACACCCUCAGCCGGGUCAUGAUCACCAAGAGCCGUGGAAAGGACAAGCUGUGGUGUUACACCCGCGAGCCCAUCAAACAGCCACUGCUGAAGAAGAUCCUGGGCAGCGAGGAGCUGUCCCAAGAAGCCUGUAUGGCCUUCAUUGCUGUGCUGAAAUAUAUGGGUGACUACCCAUCCAAAAGGACCCGCUCAGUCAAUGAGCUGACAGACCAAAUAUUUGAAGGUGCCUUGAAAGCUGAACCCCUAAAGGAUGAAAUCUACUGCCAGACCCUCAAGCAGCUCACAGACAACCACAUCAAAUACAGUGAAGAGAAAGGCUGGGAGCUGUUGUGGUUGUGUACAGGCCUUUUCCCUCCGAGUAACAUCCUCCUGCCCCACGUCCAGAGGUUCCUGCAGUCCCGGAAACAUCACCCCUUGGCAGCAGACUGCAUCCAGAGACUCCAGAAGGCCUUGAGGAAUGGAUCCAGAAAAUACCCACCCCAUCUGGUAGAAGUGGAAGCCAUUCAACACAAAACAACCCAAAUUUUCCACAAGGUUUACUUCCCUGAUGACACCGAUGAGGCAUUUGAGGUGGAAUCCAGCACGAAAGCCAAGGACUUCUGCCAGAACAUUUCCAACAGGCUGCUCCUGAAAUCCUCUGAGGGCUUCAGCCUCUUUGUCAAAAUCUCUGACAAGGUCAUCAGUGUGCCAGAGGGAGAUUUCUUCUUUGACUUUGUGAGGCACCUGACAGACUGGAUAAAGAAAGCAAGACCAGCAAAAGAUGGUAUAGUGCCUUCCCUCACCUACCAAGUGUUCUUCAUGAAAAAACUGUGGACCAACACAACGCCUGGAAAAGACUCGAUGGCAGACUCAAUCUUCCACUAUUACCAGGAGUUACCAAAGUACCUGCGUGGCUACCACAAGUGCUCACGGGAAGAGGUCCUGCAGCUGGCAGCUCUCAUCUACCGGGUCAAGUUUGAGGAUGACAAGUCCUAUUUCCCCAGCAUUCCCAAGCUCCUGAAGGAGCUGGUGCCUCAGGACCUCAUCCGGCAGCUCUCUCCAGAUGACUGGAAAAGGUCCAUCGUGGCAUACUACAACAAACAUGCGGGCAAAACAAGAGAAGAAGCCAAGCUUGCCUUUCUAAAGAUUAUCUUCAAGUGGCCUACAUUUGGAUCAGCAUUCUUUGAAGUGAAGCAAACUACAGAGCCAAAUUAUCCAGAAAUCCUUCUAAUUGCCAUCAAUAAGCACGGAGUCAGCCUCAUUGAUCCCAAAACCAAGGAUAUUCUCAUCACUCACCCCUUCACCAAGAUCUCCAACUGGAGCAGUGGCAACACCUAUUUCCACAUAACCAUUGGCAACUUGGUGAGAGGAAGCAAGCUGCUCUGUGAGACCUCCCUGGGGUACAAGAUGGAUGAUCUUUUGACCUCGUACAUCAGCCAGAUGCUAACAGCCAUGAGCAAACAGCGGAGUGCAAAGGGGAGCAAGUGAACUGCAAGAAGCCACUGGCACUUGGUCAUGGGGCUCAUUCACCAGCUGAGGGCUGUGGGAUACCCGUGCAGCUGGGCAAGAACCUUUGCCUCCCAGAUGUGGAAGAUGAGCCGAACACCAUCAGGGAGUUCACUGGACUCUGACCUUGAGGGCUCCAAUCCCACCUCCCCUUCCAGCGAAGAUGACUAUCUCUGACCUGCUACUCACCUUCCUCACCCUGCAUCCCAACUCAAUCCUACACCUCAAAGAUUUCUAGGGGACACCACUGCUUUCAGAGAGUGACCAGGGCAAAGACACUCCAGCAGGAGGUUUGCCUGAACCCAGUGGGUAGCAUCACAAAGGCUCCUGGAAGAGGAUUUGUGUGUGUGUGUGUGUGUGUGUGUGUGCGUGUGCGCGUGUGGCUUGCUUUGUUUUCAUUUGUUGUUUUUUUCUCUUAAAUAUGAGAGCUGUUAGGAUGCUAACAGGUUUUUGGUGAAGUUCUGGGAAUUUCAGGUUUGAAGAGGAAUAAGAGAGCCCUGACCCAUGGUGGAAAGGUGUCCAAUGAACACUGCAGGGCUUGUUUUGGUUUUUUUUUUUUUUUGUCAUU